AUGGCACACCGGGCAUCGAUGCUACCGCCGCAGCACGGGCGGCAAUCGCUGUACCCGGGCGCGUCCGUCAUGGGUGGACCCGGCGGUGGGGGAGGAGCGAGUUCGCAGGCCAAGCUACAGGCCAAGCAGGCUGAGCUGGAGGGGCUCCGGGCGCUGCGCGACCUCUCUGCGCGCAUGGCGAGGGAGAUGGAGAGGCUGGCCGACCAGACCGAUACGCUCGUCGAGGGCGGCGAUGCUGUGGCCGGCGUCAUGUCGCAGUGGGAGGGCGUCUUCCGGGCCAUCCAGAUCGCAAGAGCAUCCACAUCCCUCGUGUCUCCGCCCCUGCAGUACCACAACCCGGGCAUGGUCCUCGACACGGGCGACGACGAUACGGCAUCCAACCACUCGGACCGCGGCGGCGACGGACGCGACAACGACGACGACGACGACGGCGGCGACGAGCGGGGCGCACCGCCGGCCGGGAAGAGGGUGCUCCUCGAUACCAUCGUUCGGCUGCCCAUCGACCUCGACGGCGAGGGCGCCGCGGACCAGUCCAACGACGCCGCCGAGCUCGACGCCGACCAGAGCGCCGCGCCGCCGCAGACGUCCUCGGCAACCUAA